UUUCACUGAUGUUUGUCCUUUUAGCCAUCUUACGGAGAAUUUCUAAUUAUUAGUCAGAUCGCGUAGCAAACUAAUAAAAUUAAUACUAAAAUUUAAUAAAUCGCUUUAUGUGCCUUAGUAUGUAAAUACGUCGUAAAUUAUUGUGAUUCCUACUUCUAUGUUUUUGCAUAAAGGUUUCGGAGCACAUCUACAAUGAGUUCGUUGCAGCAAACCAAUCGAUUUAGAACCUACGUUCCUACCUCACAAGGUGCCUUUCUUCAAAGCUUAAGCGGUAGUGAGACUGAUGUGUCUACAUCGAACGAAAAUUUGUCAAAUGAAGAGAAAUAUGUGAUUCGACAUACUCCUCGCCAAGAACCUCAAGGCCAAGAAAAUCUGCAAUCGUCAAACAGAAGUUCCUUAAAAGAUAGCUUACCAUCAAAUCGAAGUUCUUUAGAUGUAUCAUCCUCGUCUUAUAAUACUCUCAUCAUCCACAGUGCGGGUGACGAACCUUGGACGGGGCGCAAUUCGGGAACAACAGACAUUGGACCACCUAGCUAUUUAUCUCAUCAGUCCAGUAGUUUAUUUAGUGAUCCCAAACUGUCCCCUAUACAAAAAAGAAGCUCGGCCUCACCUUCACCAUCACUGUCAAGUAGUUCUAAGGAUCACCUUCGGAAUAGUUUAGAGGCAGCAAGUCUACGCGCAUACAACACAGGAGUACAAGAGAUAACGAAUAUACCUGAUGAUUACUUAAAUCAAUCGUCUGUGUUAAAACAUUUAGCCAAAGAAGUUAAAGUUCCAUCUCCGAACGGUACCUCAAAAAAUAACGAACACCUAGAUACGUUAUACAAAGAAAAAUUUGAUUACGAUGUUGACAAUAACAUGGUGCCGCCUCCUCAGUAUCCACACUGGGUAGACAAAAUGAAACUGUCCAAAUCUCAACCUGAUUUGUCUAAAGUUGGCGUAUGUAAAAUUGGAGGCGACCUAAUGAACUUUAGGAGAGGUGUUUCGGUACCCAGACCGAAGACAAAGGGUCGCGAGGAGACCGACAGUAACAAGUCUAUCGAAUUCGGAUCACCUCUCGAAAUGAUAGAGAUACUUAUUAAGGAAAAUAGCGCUUUGAAACAGGAAUUGGAAAAUUGUUAUCAGAAAGUUGCGAAAACACAAAAGUUAGAGCAAGAAAUAUUUAAAGUACAUCGAUCACACGAGGAACUUGUUCAGUCAUGUGAUCGGCGAGAAAGAUUGGAACGCGCAGCCAGAGGAAGAUUGCAGACAGACUGUCGGCGUUUACAAGAGCUAAAUAGAACCCUAAGAGAACAAGUCGAUCUGCUUAGUACGCAAAUGUUAUCACGUUCGCCCGUUCAGGACGGCGUUGGACCAGACAUACGACGAGAACUAAAUAAGCGGGAAGUACUUAUUGCUCAGCUCAUUACACAAAAUAAGGAAUUAGUUGCUGCAAAGGAGAGGCAGGAAAUAGAAUUGGCUGCACAAAGAGCAACACUUCAAGAACAGAGAACACACAUUGACAUUUUAGACACUGCUCUAACAAAUGCUCAAGGGAAUGUGGUUCGUCUAGAAGAUGAGUGUCGCAAGAAACAGGUUUAUGUCGAACGAGUUGUGCAGCUGCAGAAGGCGUUAUCGUCCCUUCAACUUGCCAGCGAACGGCGCGAACAAACAGAGCGUAAAUUAAGGCUGCAAUUAGAACGUGAGUUACAGCGUACGAGGGGCAUGGCGGGUGAUGAAAUGAAACACGGAUGGGGUUCUCCCAGUGGAUCUGGUGAAGAGUCUGCAUCAGAACUUAAGAGGCGAUUACGAGAAAAGGAUGAGAAGAUAAUGAGGAUUGAAGGAGAAUGUUCGAAAUGGGAACAAAGGUACUUGGAAGAAAGUGCUUUAAGGCAAGCCGCCAUUGAUGCUGCAAGCAUUCCUAAAGAUGCCAAAAUUGCUGCAUUAGAAAAAACAAGCCAAGAAACUGAGAAGAUCAUUGCUGAAGCUAGAAAUGAAAAAAUUCGGCACAUGGACGAAGUACAUGCGGCUCAAAAGAAAGUUGCUGAUUUGGAAUCCAGAUUGAAAGAUUUAGAAUCGAAACUAGCAGAACGUGAUGCUAUGAUAAAAGUAUUACAGAAACAUACAUAUGAUAAGGACGUUUCCAGUAUGUUGGGGCGUUCUCCUCAUCACACGCCUCAUCCAAGCCUAGGCGCCGCAGAUAUCGAUCAUGUGCUCGGUGGUACUGUGUCAAGAGAAGAACUCGUGAAUAGCGUCCUGAAUGGAUCGACAGGAUUUGGUUCUGGUAAUUCCUACACAAGCAGUGAUACUUCCUACCAUGUGCCAACCUACAAUAAAUACGAAACCAAUAAAAGUUUUGACAGCACAAAGCAAACCCUUGACAACCAGCUUAAAGAAAUUGAUAGCCAACUAGAUUCACAACUUCUUAGCAAGCGGGGUCUUUGCUGUUUUCCAGGAUUCACUAAUCCAGUCACUGCGCAGAGAAAAGGAAAAAUACCCAAGCCAUUACUGGCGGGUGUAAAUACAAAUAGUGGCGGAUUAUUUGAAUCGGGAACGUUUCUGUUGCAACCUCAAAGGCACGAAUCUGGUGAAAUGUUGUUGUUAGAGAAGCAGGGUAGAAGUUCCCAACAGCAACGUAUGCAAGAGUCGCCCGAAACAAAUUCGUCCGUGCCUGACAGUCCCACCACUCAUUGUUCCGAUAACUUACCUCCAAGUUCUCUGCCGAGACCACCGCGAACUUCUCAUCGCACUGGUUUACCUAGACGAGUCGGUGAUUACAACCGUUUAGAUACUGAGAUGCCUCGAAAAAAGUCGGAUGGUGGUAACUCUUUGAGCUCCAAUGGUAGCAGUCACAGAGCUUCUCCUGUCCGUUCCUUAAUACCUCCACCGAGAAAACUGGGUGAAUAUGGAAGAUUGUCCGAAAGUGGAGGUUCCAGUUCUUCAAUAAGGAAGCCAUCAUCUAGACUUGCUGGAGAAAGAGAUUCGGCUUCUACCCUAAGUGAUAAUUCAGCCAGUUCCUUACCACCGCCAUCGAAAAUAAAGCUUUUUGGAAAUUCAUCAAGGAGGGGAUCAUCACUAGGUCGGGAAAGUAAGUCAUCUACCGACUCUAGCUCUAGUAAGUAUCGAAUUCAGUUUUAAAAUUGUAAUAGUAAUAAUGCGAGGUGUUUUCAACUUUUAUAGAAGUGAAUCUCUUUUGUUGUGUUAUUCUUGAAUGUCAUUCCUUUCAAUUUUAUACACCCGUAAAAUGAACCAGCUAUUGUAUUGGUUGAAAGAAACGUCUCUAAAAUAUUUGGUUCAAGAUCACAAUGCAAUUUUAGGUGCUAUAAAGUUUCUCAAUAAGGGUGUUACAAAUCAGUUACCAUUAAAACGAAACACUGCCAAAAAGAAACUAAACAUUUUGAGUCCAAAUAUUUUUUAUAUAAAUAUUUUUGAAAUGACAAUGUGCCAAAUAUUUUAAUGAGGUUGAACAUGAUCUGAAGUGUUACAACUUUUGUAUUAUUUUAUACUGUAAAUAUGGUUUCUAUUUAUAUAUAUUUAAUGAUUGAUUCUAGUCUGUGUGUAACCAACUCUGUUAACUUUCUGAUAAUAAAUAUUUAUACUGUU